AUGGAGUUGGAGCGGUUCUUGGACGCGGUCUCGCGCGAGGCGGGGGAGGAGGUUGAUUUGGUGACGCUGUCGCACUGGGACGUCGGCGCGGUCGAGGCGUGGUUGGCGGAGAGCGCGGAUUGUGAGAUUCGCUUGGAGCCUUUGCGUACGGGGAGCGCGGAAGACGCGCAGGGAAUGUGUCAGACGACGCAUAGGAAUAGCGCGUGGCGUGCGAAAGGGGCGGCGAGACGCUCGAGGGCGGGAUUCGCGUUGACGGAGCUCGGCGCCAAGUUGGAGCGUCGGCGUUGA